AUGAAGAGAUAUUUUCGACGUGGCAUCCUAUCUUUUAUUUGUCUAUUGUUGAGCAGCUCUUCUGCAUUAUGGGGAGAUGAAGGUAGGAUUAGCGGUUAUUUUUUUGGCGAUUAUUACUACGUGCUGAAGUCUUCCGACGCUGCAUUUGAGGACCGGAACGGAUUCCAGUAUCGGCGCGUCUACUUCAAUUAUGACAAGGAAUUGUCGGAUGCAUUUUCCAUGCGGUUUCGUCUGGAGAUGAAUGGUCAAUCAUUUCCUACAGCCCGUCAGACAUCCUCAAAGAUUGUGCCGUUUCUAAAAAACGGCUAUCUAAGGUGGAAGCAACCCAAGUGGCGGACGAAUAUUUAUUUGGGAAUAUCCAGCAACCCGACUUGGCAGAAUGUUGAAAAGAUAUGGGGCUAUCGCUCUGUUGCAAAAACAGUGCUUGAUCUCCACAAAAUGGGGAACGGCUCCGACUUCGGUAUAGCCUUACAAGGCGAUGUUGACAAGUCAAAGAAAGUCAGUUAUCACCUGAUAUUCGCAAAUGGCAUGAGCACAAACGCAGAAAUUGAUAACAACAAGAAGAUUGCUUUUUCGCUCGCGGCCAAGCCUGCUACAGGCUUUAUCGUCGAGGGAUAUGCCGAUUUGGAAAACGCAGUGGAUCGGGGUAGAUGGUACAUACUACAAGGUUUUCUCGGCUAUCAGCGGGAGCAAUUUCGACUCGGCGUUCAGCUUGCCAAUCAGACGCGGCAGAAGAAUGACCUUAACAUUUUAGUGGGCUCGGCGUUUGGUGCAGCGCAAUUGAUAGAGAAGAAAAUGUGGGCUUUCGCUCGGUUUGAUCGAUUGUUCGAUCCGAACCCCUUUGGAAAGAGAGUUGCUUAUAUCCCUUUUGAUGAUACAGCAGCGCCGAAUAUGAUUCUUGUCGGGUUGGAUUGGGCACCAAUUGAGGCGUUUCAUAUCAUGCCGAAUCUUGUCUUCGUUUUUUACGAUGAACCGGAUAACGGUGCCAAACCUGACGCAACGAUUAUGCCGCGCUUGACGGCAUUCUUUACGUUCUAG